CUCUUCCAGUACAUUGAAAGCAGCAGCUCAAGAUGCUGCUGCUCGCUGCAUUGCUCUGUAUACAAGUCCUGGCGGCAGAAAGCCGCCUGGACUGCAGAUGUGGAGAAACUGUCUGCUCGUGCCUCAUCCUGCAACCGAGCCCCGAGGACCAGCUGUGCGCCUACACUUUGCAGGGGACGCAGUGUUCCGCUGUGGGGCCUGCAGGUGUAGACUCCAGGCUAGAGCAUCUCGUCACAGGAGAAGGUACCGUCGCCAACCCGGACUGUAAAUGUGCAGGAAAGUUUUGCGCCUGCAUUGUAUUGAUAUCAUCCACAGAAGACCGGAUUUGUUUGCGUUCCUCGGAGGGGUCGCUGUGCAGCCCAGUGCAGAAGGCAACGAAGCGCUACGACCUUCUAUCUCGUCUUAUAACUAAAGCUGCAGAGAGUCACGACUCCUGCAAAUGUUCUGGCGACGCGUGCAUCUGCAACUUGUUCAAGCUGCGGCCAGACAGCGUCGUUUGCCUGCACUCCUCCGAUCGUCUGUCAUGCAGCCAGGUCACCACAGGCGACAAGGGAGAGGCACGACUGACAUCCGACGACAGCAACGCAGCUUGUUACUGCUCCAACGCGCGCUGCACUUGCAAGUGGGUGGCAGCAGGCAGCGCCGCCGAGGUGUGCUUCUACUCUGCCAAGGACACGCGCUGCCACGCCCACCCGACGCGCGACGCAGCGCUGCCGCCCGCUGACAUGCAGCCGCUGCAGCGCACCCUCAGGAACACCGUGCCGAAAAGGGGCUGUUACUGUACCAACCAGAUCUGCACCUGCGAAUGGGGCUUUGCAAUCAAGACCCCCUUGUACAUCUGCUUGACACCUGGAGGUGAAUGCGACAGGGUCGAUACCACUGAUAAACAGCCGUCCCAGCAGUUGGCUCCUAACAGAGGUCACGUGGAAUGCAACUGCACUGCAAAUCGGUGUGGGUGCCUUGUGGUCGGUGCCAGCAGCGGGGACAACAUCUGCAGCCACUCUCCAGAGGGGUCGCGUUGCAGCCAAGUCCGUCUGGCAGUCGAAGGCGACGACGUCAUCCACCUUACCAAAAGCAGCGAUUUUCAUCCGGACUGCUUGUGCCAUGUGGAAUUCUGUGCUUGCAUUGGACUGAAACCGAGAAGGCACGACCAGAUGUGUUUGCAUUCUUCCAACAACACAAUCUGUAGUACACUCCAGACGACAGAAAUCUUCUCGAGUAGUCAAAUCACGAAUACCGCAACCAAUGACCUGCCUUCUCAGAGAUGUGCUAACGUUAUGCCGCAGCUGACGAUCACGUCUCGUGCGACUGCGGCGGGGGCGAUUGUGACGUCGACGGCCCCUGCUCGUGCACGUGGCCGUGGCUGA